CCCCCCUCACGCCUUCCCCCUCCCAGAUCUUCUCGGUCCUCUCGACACUCUGCAGGAUGGACGUCGUAAAUCAGCUGGUGGCCCAGGGUCAGUUCAGGGUGCUGAAGGUUCCUCUGGGCUUCAUUAAGGUCCUAGAAUGGUUCUUCGCCAUCUUCGCCUUCUCCACCUGUGGCAGUUAUUCCGGGAUGUUCAAGAUUGCGGUGGAGUGCAAGAACCGGACGCAGAGCGACCUGAAAAUAGAAGUGGAGUUUGAGUAUCCCUUCAGACUCCACCAGGAGUAUUUUCAUGCCCCCACCUGUAAGUCUGAGAAUAAAGAACCGAUUUUCCUGGUUGGCGACUACUCCUCCUCGGCCGAAUUCUUUGUCACCAUCGGCGUCUUCGCCUUCCUGUACUCUACGGCGGCUCUCAGCAUUUACGUCUUCUUCUUUGAAAAGUACAAGGAGAACAACAAGGGCCCACUGAUCGACCUGGGAGUCACCGGAGUGUUUGCCUUCAUGUGGCUGGUGAGUUCGGCAGCCUGGGCCAAAGGUCUGUCCGACGUAAAGACUGCGACCAACCCGGAUGAAGUCAUCACUAUGAUCCCCGCCUGUAAAGAGGAUGAGAACAGCUGCCGUGAAGUCCACGACCCGGUUAUGUCUGGAUUGAACACCUCUGUGGCAUUUGGUUUCAUUAACCUGAUCCUGUGGGUUGGAAACCUCUGGUUCGUCUUUAAGGAGACGGGCAUCAUCGCUCCCUUCAUGCGGGCUCCGCCUCCUGAGAGCAAGCCUGCCGCACCCGAUGCCUACGGCCAGCAGGGAGCCUAUGAGCAAGACCCAUAUGCCAGCAACCAGGGAGGCUACCAACCUGACUACAGCCAGCAGGGAUACAACCAGGAAGCGCAGUAUGGUCAGGGCUAUGGCCAGCAGGGGGCGCCCACCUCCUUCUCCAACCAGAUGUGAGCUGACAGGAAGAAGGACAAGUCGGAGUGAACCAACAGUGGGUCGCUUGCAACCAACCCACAAUGUGACACUCCUGGCUGCAAAGUUAAUGGGUGGGGUGGGGGAGGGAUGAGGGGAAAGGGGGGGUUAGAUGUUCACUAUAAUGAAUUGAUGUGUAAAUGACUAAAAAAGAGAGUUAUAGAUAAUAAAUCCACAACUUGAAGAAUCCACCAAGACAUCGGUGACGAAUAGAAACCUGAAACCAGUGACGAUGUUGAUAAGAGUUAUUCAUAUUAAUUAAUCUGUGGAGAGAAUGUAUGUUUGUGUUGUAUAGAUAUCACUAUGAACAGAUAUAUAAUAUAGACUGAAAUGUUUCCUGUUUCCUAUUGAGCUGCCCUGCCCAAAGUUUUAUGCCCCGCCUCCUUACAUCAGCAAAACAGAUUCACACCAGCCAAUCUUGAAGCUGUUGAGACUGGGUCCACACUGAGAAAAAUCCAAUGAAAACCAGAUUUAAACCAAAAUGAGAACCACAUUAAACAAACUAACAGAGCGUCUGCCAACAUCACCUCCCCGCUGCAUGUAAAUAUCAAACAGGAAGUGAUGUCAAUUUGAGCACAUAGUAAAACCCAGUCCGGCCUACAGCAUCACAGUGACGCCCGGUGGAAACUGGAUCCAAAAUGGCCCCUCGUCAUUACAGUUUGCACAGUUUAUGUGUUUAAUGGGCUCAGCCGAGCUUCGAUCUGCUGUGUGUUACAUUCCAGCUGCAGAAACGUCCAUCUGGACGAUCACCGCCACUAAAACUAAGCCAGAUCUGAUUCUACUGGCUUCUACUUUGGGUCUAAACUCGGCUAAGACCAAUCUGAUGAUUUCAAUGUACUGCUAUGAUGCAACGGAAACGCCCAUCAGGAGCAGGCAGUACAGUUCACUGCCCCUCAAAGGGCUUCCAGAUUUAAACCAAUUAGAAAGUGAAGGUGGGCUUUUGGAGGCGGGGAGCCUAAAAAGAGACAAAUGAAUGGAAGACUAAGUAUGGGAUAAUUAUUUGGACUGACUUUGCAAAGCCUCUGACUUUGCUUUGAUCACAAAGAUCAGAGGUUUUAAGCAACAGCUGUUUCCAGUACCCGAUAAAUAUCUUUACCUGGAAACGGUUUCUAUGCAGACAGCAGCUGAUGAUUACAUCCUGAUACAAGUUGUUGUGCUAUGAGUCUACAUUUGUGGCAUCAACAACUCAAUGGCAGACCAAAAUUUUAGAUGACUGGUUUCUUGGAGUUUUUCCACCUUGAUGGGGGUAAAUUUCCCCACUUGGAAACUCACUUUUCCCAUUCUAAAUGGUGGCGAUGUGAAAAUUCAGAGCACAAAAUUCAGUUAAGAUUCCUCCAUGACUUACAUGUUGAUCUCAGUUAUUGGCUUAAAUCUUCAGAUGGAUGCUUCUGUCAGCGAGCUACUUUGAAAUGUUGCAAUUGUUUUUUAAAUUUAUUUUAAUUUGUCUUCUGUUAGCCAAUCGAGUCUUUCUGGAAAGUUCUGGGUCUAUAAAAAAGUGAUGCUUCUUCCUCUUCUUCUUCUUCUUGGGUUGUUUUUCUUGAAAGUGAAGCUGUUUUUAGCGUCGGUAUCUUCCUCCCGCAUGGUGACGUGUUUACUGCUCGUGUCGUUCAGUAUCUGAAGAUCAGUGUGAUUCUACUUCCUGUUUCCUGUGUGUGUGCGCGUGUGUGUUUGUGUGUGUGAGACCAUUACCUGUCCAUACCACUUCAUUGGCUCUUUUUAUCCUUUCUCUCAUCUUUUAUGCUUUUAAUUCUCCUCCAUUCACUUUUCUUUCUUUCCUUGUUUUUUUUUUUACCCUCCCUCUUUAUUCUUCAUCAUCCUCUUCUUCACCUCUGUGAUGUGUCCUCUUGUGUCACAAUAGUCUACCCGGCAUCAGUAACCAUGGCGAUGGUGUUGACAGUGAUGAUGUGUGUGACUUGUUGCUAUGGAGACAUCCCCAACCCAAUUCCCCCUGCUGUGUUUAUUCAAUGGAAAGUUUCAAUAAACGACAAACUCAUCUCA